ACAGGAAGUUUGUUGCGAAUUUCGGAGACCGGGGCUGUUCGAUUAAACCCGGUCUCGUCACCAUCAUAUUGCCGCGUCGACCCAAUCCACAAUCUCUAGAGGCUUUGUUGAUCAGCAAACGCCCGGACCUCCUUCCAAGGUCAUGGAAUGCGCUGCCUGGACAUGAUGUCAAGACCAGCAGGGCACAUGAUGAUCAGCAUCUUUGCAAGAUGUCGGCAGGUCGUCUCUUUCUCUCAGAGCAUCGGAGCUCUCAGCCACCACAGCGGGCGAUCGGGAUGGUCUCACCCCAUGCCACAGGCUCGAACUUUCACUACGUCAUGGCUUCCCCUGAAACAGAUGCCCUCGCGGCCCAAGCCGCCUCCAGAGACCGAAAUUGAAGAGUCAUUUCUGAAGGGCAGCGGGCCGGGAGGACAGAAAAUUAACAAGACGAACUCUGCCGUCCAACUGAAGCACAUCCCUACCGGUAUUGUCGUCAAAUGCCAGGAAACCCGUUCCCGGGAUCAAAAUAGAAAGAUAGCCAGGCAACUUCUGGCCACGAGGCUAGAUGACCUCAACAAUGGUGACCAGAGUCGAUCCGCUAUUGUGGGUGCGCACAAGGUGAAGAAGAGGGCCAGUGCUGCCAAAAAGAGCGCCAGAAAGUACAGGAAGCUCGAGGCGGAGAAGAAUAAAGAGGCCAACGAUAAUGUAGACGCUAUAGCGGAGGAUUCCAUAACGAAUCUCGAAAAAGAGGAAACGGACAAGCCUAAGGACUGAUUUAUUGCAAAUCUAGCGACUCCGGUAAAGCGAUGGCAUUACAAUUAGAACGGCACCUGACGCCUGAUCCACUGGUAUCGACCAAGUAGAUUUGGCCGCGAAAGUAACAUGAAAUCAUCAACUUUAAGAAGGGUAACAGAGCUAAAUUGUAUCAUCAACCUCCCGAAUACGUGGUCCGCCUGCCCGGUUUCUCCGCGCG